CAUUGGGGAGUGAUUUAAACAUGGCUACAGGGAGCUAGAAAUGUUGGACAAGUAGCCGAGGAAACGCCGUAUUUGUGUGUAACAUAAAACCAUAGAUGGGAACAGCUAACCAUCAGCUGGAUCCAAACUGACCCAAAGGCCAAAGGCUUCAACUACAACCAAAAGCUGCAGUUUGCUGCUAUUGUAUAUUUAGGGCAUAGUCGCCCUCCUGCUCCGGUGCCUUCCGACAUGGAGACUCCACCAUCUGAGGUCAUGGACGACUCAAAGGCGAAACAGGAAGAGUUGGCCAAAGCCAUAAUGGCUCGGUGCUUCCAUCCUUCUGUGAAUGGCCCUGAGUCGUGGGAGGGAUACGUCUUUUCAGGUCUGGAGAUCCGUGUCAAAGAGUCCACUGACCUCUAUGGAGCUGUACUCUGGCCCUCAGCUAUGGUGCUGUGUCAUUUUCUGGAGACCAGUCAGGAUAAACACAACCUGACGGACAAAAACGUGAUUGAACUGGGUGCAGGAACUGGACUGGUCACCAUCGUAUCGAGCCUCUUAGGAGCGAAGGUGACCUCCACUGACCUUCCAGAAGUGUUGGGGAACCUUCAGUACAAUGUCACUCGCAACACUAAGGACCGUUGCAAGUACAUCCCUCUGGUCACUGAGCUGAUCUGGGGUCAGGACGUAGAGCGGCGUUUCCCACGAGCCACUCAUCGUUUCGACUACAUCCUGGCAGCGGACGUGGUCUACGCCCACCCUUACCUGGACGAACUGAUGGACACCUUUGACCACCUGUGCCAGGAAGACACACAGAUCCUUUGGGCCAUGCGCUUCCGCCUGGACCCGGAGAACAGCUUUGUGGAGCGCUUUCAGCAGCGCUUCCACGUGGAGGAGCUUUACGACCUGCCGAGUCUAAGCAUCAAACUGUACCGAGCCUGGAGGAAAGACAGAAGGACCCGGGACCAAGGAGAGGCUGCUGCUUGAAUGAACACAGUAUCUAUUGAUUUAUUGCAUUGUAAUACUUGUCCUGCUCACUAGUUCUGGAUGCAGUAAAGGUUUAUUCAUUUUUAAAAUGGGGACUAAUCCUGGCCGAGACAAAGGGUGACAUCAGUGCUCCAGAUAGUGCUUUGAGAAGCAGCUCUAGUUUGUCAUCCGUCAGCAGCACGUUCACACAGUAAAGGCUGCAAACAUGCCUGCAUUUUUCCAAUAGCUUCCCAGUGGCCUUGUGUUUUUAUUUAGGAUGUGACUCCACAGAAAUAAUGUGAUCAGGUUUUAUCACCGCUCGAUGAGCCGCUUCUGUCAAAGGCUGGGAUUGUUUCAGUAUCUCAUUGCCCGUGGAUCUCUUAAGAUGAAUCCUCUGGAGACCACGCAUGACUGGACUGUGGACAUGCCGGUAGUGAAAGCAGCCGAUGAAUUCACAGCUAAGCUCAUAAGUACCACUGAGGAUGCUAAAAGUUAAUCCAGGUCUGACAAUGUAAAGCUAAGACCAGCCAACAAAGCCUGAGAUGUCCUAUUAUGGCCUCUGUGCCUUCAGGCAACAAUAAAACCUGAUGCCAUGUCAUGUUCCAACCUUUCACUAUGUUUCAGUUUUUGAGUCCUAAUGCAAAAUUACAUUUAUUAAAAAUAAUGUUUUUUUUAACAAUAAAAGUGAGAGUUGGAUUCACAA